AUGGCAGCUAUGCUCAUGCAGCCCCCCGCGCAUCGUCCAUCCAUGGACCACGUCGGGUCGUUCGAGUCUUCACGGAGCGGUGCUCCCGCAGGCUACGAGCGCCAUUCGCCCGCCCCAGGGCAAUCGCGUCCCAACGCCUCGACCCCCAACCAGUCGACUCAGCAACCCGGUGUGGGCUUUGUCCAGCCUGCCAUGGCGGGUGGAUACUUUCCCAACAGCAUGCCAGGCUUCCCCGUGCAAGGUGCAUGGGGAGCGACCCCGUUACCCGCGUCCUCGUUCUACGCCCCGCCGUUCGCAUUCCCGGCCGGGUUCCAGCAGCAGGGCUUCCAGCAGCCCCAGGACUUCUCCGCCUGGGCCCACGUGUACCAGCAGAUGGUCGCGAACGGCCACAUGGCGCCGCCCGGCGGACACAACAUGCCGCGGCCCGCCCAGUUCCAAGACGCCGACGACUCUGACGCCCACCGACGACGGACCGUCUCGGGCACUUCCUCCAACGACCCACGAGUAACAAAGGGCCAGACCUCGACUGGCGCCGCCGGCACCGACCCCGUGUUCCACCCGUACAAGCGCGGGCCGAAGAGCCGAAGCGCCAGUGGCAACAGCCGUUCCGGAUCCCAGUCUAUCUCCCUUAGCGAGCUUCCCAAGCCCACCGCCCCGCCGCGAGGUCCUUCUCCCGGCGAGCACCGCCGAUCCGGCAGUGUCGACUCGACGGCUCUUGUGAACGGUGAGCGCGAGGAAGAGUUAAUGCCGCCGCCCAAGCUUCGCGCCAGCCGCGACGAGGGACGACCGGCAUCGGUCAAGAGCGAGCGCAGCAACCGAAGCCAGGGCAGUGCAAACAGCGGUGCCUCGCAGAGCGGCCGUUCCGGAAAACAGGCGCAGGGUGCGUCCGAGCAGCGACCUCAACACGGUCGCACUGCUUCCUCCACCUCCCAGUCCAACAAGUCUACGCCCCUCACCACUGGAACAAUCUCGUCACAGGCUAGCAACUCGCAACCUGCUGCCCAGGCCCGGAACUCGCCGCUGUCCCAGGCUCCUCAGACAUCUGCGCCUAUCCAGACGACUGAGAAGACGGAGAAGGCGGAGAAGAAGUCUGGCUUCAGAGGACGCUUUAAGAAUGCGUCCGACAAGGACCAGAAGACUUCUGCCGCACCUGCUUCCAGAGCGCAGUCGCCCACGCCCGCCCGGUCACUUACUCCCGCUGCCACCGCCAAGGGUCAAGCCGGUCCCUCGUCUACCAAGCAGGACCUCGCGCCACCCAACGCUCCCUUUGUCAACGCUCAGGCCAUGAGCAGUGACCUCAGCCUUGCCGAGACCGAAAGGACUGCCGCGACUAACGCAUCCGUCAAGCCCAGGCGUGGCCUGUUCCGCAACCGCAACCGCUCCUCCGACAACAUUUCGCUGUCGUCCACCGUCUCGUCUGCAUCCAUGAUGAUCCGCAAGAUGGGCAGCCUCGGCAAGCUCGCGCGCCGCAAUUCGCUCAUGGGCAUCUCCAAGAUCUUCAAGGAGAAGCCAAAGGACGAGGACGGAGCCCUCCCGGAGAAGCAGGGCAUCCUCAGCUUCAAGAAGAAGAGCGGCAAGAAGGCCGAUCUCGCCCCCGUGUCGGUCAGCCGUACCACUGCUGAGCUCGACCGCGGAUCCGAGGACGACGACCGCAUCUUAGCUGGAUUGUCGCCUGCCGCUCAGCUUGCUCGUCAGCACACUGCUCGCUCCAAGGCUGAGGCCGCGAAGAGGGAGGCUGCCAAGCGUGCCGAGACGAUUCAGGAGCUCUCGGGCCCAACGGGCGAGCCCACCUGGGACCAGAACACGACGACGGCCCGUGGUCAGUUGACCGCCGUUACGAACGCGCAGGCGAACGGAUCGAACGUUGUCCACGUCGUGCCUCGCUCGCCGACUGUUGUGCACGCUCUCGCGAUCAACGGCGAGGAGGAUGCAAGCGACAUUUCAGACACGGACACGAUCGACGACGUCACUGCUUCUCUCAACCGCAGCGGCAUCCAGGACCCCGACGAGGAGGACUUCCAGCCGCUCUGGUGCAAGGCGCACAUUGACAAGCACGCCAAGCCGAAGCGCGGUAUCCUGAAGCAGAUCCAGUCCAACGAGGAGCUCGAGGUGUCGAAGCGUCAGCGGACCGCGUCCUCGAGCGCUCUCGAAGCCACCGCGCCGGGUCCCAUGUCUGACCUGCCUGCGCCCAACCCGGAGCGGAUCGACGGUCUUGCUCACGCCAACCACGUCGCCAGCCCGGGCGAGAUGGUUUACGACCCCCUAUCGCCCACGUUCUCGCCGUUUGAGAACAAUGGCCUUGACCUGGACCUCCGCCCGCCAGUCUACAAGAACCCGGCGCAUAACACGUCUGCCCCGACGCUGUCGCCUGCUGGCCCCGCGGCGCCGACCCAGGCGCGUGCGAUGACUGCGCCUACGCGCCGUCGCCUCGUCUGGGCGCCCGAGUGCGCCGUGUACAGCACGUACGACGCGAUGACCUAUGACCGGCGGUCUGAGCCUGCGACGUGCAACCGCCUCACGCCCGAGUUGGCCAUGUCUAUCAAACAGGAGCUCAACGCGUUCAAACUCGAGAUGCCUGUCCACCCGUCCUCGAGGGUCUACACACACUACUUUGCAUGA